UGCUCCUUCUCUCUCGACAAGAUGGCCACACCGGCUGUACCAGUGAGUGUUCCUGCGGCCACUCCAGCCCCAGCUGAGGCCCCCGCCUCAGCCCCAGACCCGGCUCCGGCCUCGGCCUCAGCUCCAACGCUGCCUCCAGUUCCAGCGCCGGUUCCAGCUCCCACUCCAGCGCCGCCCUCAUCCCCAGACCCCGCGGCAGCAGCGGCUGCGAGCGCGGCGCCGGGCCAGACCCCGGCCUCGGCGCCGGCCCCAGCGCAGACCCAGGCGCAGUCGCUGGUUGGCCCGGCUCUUCCAGGCCCCUUCCCCGGCGGCCGUGUGGUACGGCUGCACCCGGUCAUCUUGGCCUCCAUCGUUGACAGCUACGAGCGACGCAACGAGGGUGCUGCCCGAGUCAUCGGGACUCUGCUGGGCACCGUUGACAAGCACUCAGUGGAAGUCACCAAUUGCUUCUCAGUGCCUCACAAUGAGUCGGAAGAUGAGGUGGCUGUUGACAUGGAAUUUGCUAAGAAUAUGUAUGAAUUGCACAAGAAAGUCUCUCCAAAUGAGCUCAUCCUGGGCUGGUACGCCACAGGCCAUGACAUCACAGAGCACUCCGUGCUGAUCCACGAGUACUACAGCCGGGAGGCCCCCAACCCCAUUCACCUCACUGUGGACACGAGCCUCCAGAACGGGCGCAUGAGCAUCAAGGCUUACGUCAGCACUUUAAUGGGUGUCCCUGGGAGAACCAUGGGCGUGAUGUUCACACCUCUGACAGUGAAAUACGCGUAUUACGACACCGAACGCAUUGGAGUUGACCUGAUCAUGAAGACCUGUUUCAGCCCCAACCGGGUGAUUGGACUGUCAAGUGACUUGCAGCAGGUAGCGGGGUCAUCGGCUCGCAUCCAGGAUGCCCUCAGCACCGUGCUGCAGUAUGCGGAAGAUGUUCUGUCUGGAAAGGUGUCAGCUGAUAACACCGUGGGCCGCUUCUUGAUGAGUCUGGUUAACCAAGUACCCAAGAUAGCCGCCGAAGACUUCGAGACCAUGCUCAACAGCAACAUUAACGACCUGCUGAUGGUGACCUACCUGGCCAAUCUCACACAGUCACAGAUCGCCCUCAAUGAGAAACUUGUAAACCUGUGAAUGGGCCCCAGC